AGUACUGCCUCAAAUCAGCUGCUGCUCAAGCGAGAAGGACUGCGCGAGCGAGUGCCAUGGAGGAGGAGUAUGCCCACCCCUACGAGGACUCGAUCGAGAACUUCACGACGUACGAAGAUUACCUUGACAGCCAGAUCACUGCGCAAGAUCGGUUCUACCUCGAAGAGGACGAACUGGCGAGGCAGCUUGUGGAGAUAGGUUGCCGGAAGGGCGAGGUGCUCUCCCGGGAGGAGUUCGCGGCGCGGCGCGAGGCGGUGGAGACCGCGAAGAAGGCGAGGCUCCAGAAGGCUCCCAAGGAGCUGGCGAGCACGGGGAAGGACCUGACGGACUGGCCGUUCCUCAGGCACCUUGCUGCUCGCGAAGAGCUAGUCCGGAACGGCAAGCUGAGCACCAUAAUCUUCAUCCGCGACAAAAAUACGAAGGGCCAAGAAAUAUCUGUGGCGGACAUUGACUACGGGCACCGUCUCAAAACCGAAGGGUUUGAGCCUUACUUCGAGCGAAAGAAAAGACUGUUGCCUAGGCCGUCGGACCUGUCGUUCUACAACUGGGACACGCAGCAUUCGACGUCCAACGAGAGCCCCAAUUUCCAGAUCAUUCCUGACCACGAGCAGGGGCUCUUGUUCAAGAACAAGAGAGAUAGAAAGGUGAUCAACGUGGACCCUAAGGUUGAGCCAGGAGACAAUUCAAAGCGCCACGAUGUUCCAACAGGCGAGUACAUCCAAGUUGUCAUAUUCGACCACAUGACUCGCAAGAAGAGCUGAUAUUCAAUACCCUCGUGCUCGCCUUCGCUUUCUCCCAGCUCCCCCUCUCCUUCUCUUGAGGGAGAGCGGCCCGUGGUACACUCCAACGGGGGGGGUCCCCCCUCAGCCCCGCUCCUGCGGCCCCUCGAGCUCGUGGGCGAACCGCACAUGCGUCUUCGCGGCCCCGCGGGCUGGCCCCCGAGCCGCGACUCCGCGGAUAUGCGGGCCGCUCUGUCGCGGCUGCCCCGAGCGGAGCGCAGCCGUGCGACGGCGCAUCCGCGGGCUCCCCUCCUCCCCCUCCUCCCCCCUUCCUCCUCCUCGUCGUUCUCCUCCUCCUC